CCAAAAGAAAAAAUAUCUGACCAUUUUUGUCGGACACAUCGUCACUUUGUCUUUCGUCGCCGGAGCCGCAAGUCAACGUCAAGGAGCACCAUGAACCGCGCUCUGAAGAGUGUUUUCUCGGACUUUUCCCGCCAUGCUACGGCCCGCAGCUACUAUUCCUAUCCGGAGGGCUCUCGCAAGUCGAAUUUCGUGUUCCGUGUCACCUACGAAGGCCAGGAGCCGAUUGAAGACGGUCGUGUGGUCCUCUUCUUCGCCCCCAGUCCGGAACCGGAGCCGCGCUUCGAAGCCUUCGAUCUGGAAUCCCCUCGUCCGAUUUUCGCCAAGGACGUCAGAAAUCUGCAGCCGGGCGACAUGAUUGAGUUUGAGAGUACCGAGUACUCGACACCGGAGGCGCUGGGCUUCGUACCGCAGAACCUCGAUGUGUUCGCCAAUGAACUCUUCGUUCAAGCUUUAAUUCAUCACGAUAUGAAUGACCCGGACGCGAACUCGCGAGUUGGCAACACAUACAGCAAACCCGUGGAAGUUCGCUUUGAUGACGAUGAAGGUGACAACGUUGUUAAGAUUGUGGCGGACCAAGCUGUGGAGGAAACGAUGGAUUUAACUGCCACCGAGUGGGUGGAGCAUAUCUCGAUGAAGAGCGAGCUGCUGAGCGCCUACCACAACCAAGACGUCUAUAUGAUGGCGUCGGUCGUGCUACCGAAAGACUACGAGACUUUGAAGGACACACAGCAUCUCCCGACGGUGUACUAUAUCGAGGGAUUCACUGGUACCGAGUCGUAUGCGAAGCGUGCCAAGGGCUUUUUGUCGUCUGAGAUGGGACAGGAUUGGCGGGCUGGUCGAUGGCCGACGCCAAUGCUGCGAGUUACACUCGGAUCGCGCUUCAAAUUUGGUCACACCUCGUUCGCUGAUACGGAUGCUAAUGGGCCAUGGGGUACAGCGCUAGUGACCGAAUUCAUCCCGUACCUCGAGAGCCUGUAUGCGGCGAUUCCUUCUGCUGGAGGUCGGUUCCUACACGGCCACUCUUCUGGUGCAUGGGCGACGCUAUGGCUACAGUUGCAAUUCCCUGACUUCUUUGGCGGCACAUGGAGCUCUGCACCUGAUCCGGUUGACUUCUCGCGCUUCCAAGUUGUAAAUAUUUACGAGGCCGAGAACGCGUACUGGGAUGCCAAUGGCCACCCGUACCCGACAAGUCGCAGCAACGGACUCACUACGUGCAGCAACCGGGAUGAGAAUUUGGUGGAACGAGUGUAUGGUCGUGGCAAUGGAGGACAGUGGGAUGCCUUCUCUGCUUUGUUCAGUCCGCGGGGAGCUGACGGAAUGCCGAUUCCGCUGUUUGACAAGGUGUCUGGUGACAUUAAUCGUGAUGUUGCCAAGUACUGGGAACGCUAUGAUAUCUGCAAGUUCCUUCAGAAGCGACCUGACUUGUUGACUACAAAACUACAGGGCAAGGUUCAUGUUAUCUGCGGUGUUGAGGACACGUACUACCUCGACUUCGCGUGUCGGUCGCUGCAGAAACUGGUUGGAAGCAGCAAAGAUAACGCUCAAGAUGGCUCUGCAGUGCCCAACUACGUGGCCAUGGUACCUGGCGAUCACACUAGUAUUCGGUCGCGUGCGCACUAUGUCCAAGUGUACGCUGAGAUUACUGCUGCAUACAAGCGGAAUAUUAACGCAUGAAGGUGGGAUUGCAGAAGUGCAUGUACUGUCUUUAGUAGACCAUUAAAUCCAUCAUAAAAUGAUUCUCUUUCUCGUUCCUA